GGCUGUUGGCGUUUGCUGUGUGCUAGUGUGCUGUAUUAUUUCUGCAAAUUGGUUGUUUCCCCAGAGUAUUAUUGCUUGAGCUUCUGGAUAUCAGCUGUGUCAGUUCUGGUGGAGUGAACCUCUAUGGGUUUCUUAAGAAAGGAUUUGUUCCCUACAGACCUGAUGCAGUGACCACUUCCAGUGGAGAUGAGCUGACUGACUCGGCAGGAGGUUGCGUACCAAAAAGGGAGGGUGAAAUGUGCUGCCUGCCAAAGCAGCAGCUGGUGAGAAGGCAACUGGACUGCACAACAUCAGCGCACACAUGAUCGGUGGGGAAGCGUGAGCCCAGCUUCAAUCCUUGUCAAUGGCACCUCGUUGACUUUUAACACUUCCUUAUCAUGUCUGCACUCACCUCAUAGCAGUACUGAUAAAAUGCCAUCGCUGGUGUAAUCUCCUGAGCAGCUCUGCAGAAAACGCUGCAGAGUAUGAGAGCCUGAAUUGCCUGCAGCCGACAACUGGUGUGGGACUCUGAUCCAGACCACGGCAAGCAACAAACUGGGAUACUCCUGCGACACUUCUCCUUACGGGUUUAACUAAGGACCCCUGAAAAUAAAACCACAAGCAACUACUGAGCAGACAGUAAGAAAUGGGUGACUGGAGUUUCUUGGGGAACAUUUUAGAGCAGGUGAACGAGCAGUCCACUGUCAUCGGGAGAGUUUGGCUCACAGUGCUCUUCAUUUUCCGCAUCCUGAUCCUGGGGACGGCUGCCGAACUCGUAUGGGGAGAUGAGCAGUCAGACUUCGUGUGCAACACCCAGCAACCUGGUUGUGAGAACGUCUGCUAUGAUGAGGCCUUCCCCAUCUCCCACAUCCGGCUCUGGGUCCUACAGAUCAUUUUUGUAUCCACGCCUUCGUUAGUGUACUUUGGGCAUGCGGUGCACCAUGUCCGCAUGGAGGAGAAGAGGAAAGAGAGGGAGGAAGCCGAGAGGCGUCAGCAAGCUGAGGUGGAUGAAGAGAAGCUGCCCCUGGCUCCAAAUCAAAACAAAGGCAACAACCCUGAUGGGACGAAGAAGUUUCGCCUGGAGGGGACCCUCCUAAGAACCUACAUCUCCCACAUCAUUUUCAAAAUGCUCUUUGAAGUAGGAUUCAUAGUUGGCCAAUAUUUCCUUUAUGGCUUCCGAAUUCUCCCCCUUUACCGCUGUGGGCGGUGGCCCUGUCCCAAUCUUGUGGACUGUUUUGUCUCCAGGCCCACAGAGAAGACCAUCUUUAUUAUGUUCAUGCUGGUGGUGGCUUCUGUGUCCCUUUUCCUCAACCUGGUGGAGAUCAGUCACUUGAUCCUGAAAAGGAUCCGGAGGGCUCUGAGAAGACCAACAGAAGAGCAACUGGGGGAGGUGCCAGAGAAGCCCCUCCAUGCCAUCACAGUCUCCUCCAUCCCAAAGGCCAAAGGCUACAAGCUGCUGGAAGAAGAGAAGCCAGUGUCCCACUAUUUCCCUCUCACAGAAGUAGGAGUUGAGCCCACUCCCCUUCCGUCUGCCUUCAACGAGUUCGAGGAGAAGAUUGGGAUGGGGCCACUGGAAGAUCUCUCCAGGGCAUUUGAUGAGAGGUUACCAUCAUAUGCACAAGCAAAGGAACCGGAACAGGAGAAGGUAAGAGCAGAGGAGGAAGAAGAAGAACAAGAAGAGGAGCAGCCAGGACCUCAGGAAGAGCCAGGGGUGAAGAAAGCGGAGGAGGAGGUGGCGAGCGAUGAAGUGGAAGGGCCUUCAGCACCUGCUGAACUCGCCACUGAUAUGAGACCCCUCAGCAGGCUAAGUAAAGCCAGCAGCCGGGCCAGGUCAGACGAUUUGACUGUAUGAGGGUGCAGGAUACGGGGAGCACAUGAAAAGGAAAAGGAGGAAAAGAAGAGAGAAAUAAUCCAAAGAUAUUUUAAGCAAAGUGCUAAAUGGUCAUUUGAAUAUUAUUUCCACUUGAGAUUCUCAACUGGAAAGGUACUAUCAUGGUAACUGUGCCUUAUUUGCCCCAUAUGUCCAUUUGAAAAUGAAUGUUUUCCCUGUUUCCACAUGCCAGCUCAUUCCUUACAGUAAUAUCUACACUGUAAACAUAACUGAUAUCUUUUAAGACCAAAUGUAGCAGUGAAACCCAAAUGUCACCACUGUGAAUGUACUUACUGGAGCUUUGUGUUCCAAUUUUUUUUAGGAAUGUGGGGAGGAUCUGUCUCAUGAGCCAGCUAGGGGGACAGCUGAUAUACGACCAUAUCUAGUAUUUCUCUUUCUGUUUUCACCUAUUGCAUACUGAGCAGAUCUCCCCUUCACUGUUGGCAUGGAAUUGCAGUUAUGUAAUUUACAAAGUGAAUUCUGUGUUUAGCGCCACCACACUAUAAUAGUAAGCACUAUUUCCCCUCUCUAUUCAGAAAGUAAAUGCCAAAAAUAUCUACAACUUCUUUAUACAUGCAAAUUUGAGUUAGAUAAAAAUAUUUUCCCUUUGUCAAAAAUAUUUUUACUCUUCAAGUAAUAGUGACAGUGGGCAAGGUUAACGCUAGCUCUCUUCUAGGACUUAGCAGAUGCCCACAGAUGGAUUAUUUGUUCCCAGGAGGGUCAUCCAGCCCCAAGCCUACUUCAGAGCACUGGGAAGAAUAAAGUCAACUGAUAUAUUUUUUACUUGUAGUCUCGUGACUUAAAGAUCUGAAACUCGAUUUAGCAAAGCAAGCGUGGGAAGUUUUCUGUGAAAGGAGGGAUAGCUACAGUCCCCAGAGCAUGAAAUCAAAUACAAGCCUUCACGGCACGAUCCUGACGUGUGCUCAGUUCCUGGAGCUCCCAGACUUACAGGCACUCAGCAAAUCUCAGGUAUGGUGUCCUGAAGGCACCUGUGAACCUAAACCACAGGUCUGGGUGACUAUGUGACAAUUUAAACCUCUGAAUAUAAAACUGGUUGUUCUAGUUUGAAAAGUUUGAUAUUAGUCUUUUGACAUCCUUUGUUUUUAAUUUGACAGACCGGAGCCAUCCAGUGGUCUACGUUGCUAUUAAAUGCCAAAGUCUUGAAUAAAACAAGACCUUUCAAAAGAUCAUUUAGACCUCUUGUGACAACAGGUCUGUGCAGAACUCUCAGAGCCUUGGUAAAUCUUUUUGGUUACAAAAGGCAGAAAAGUAUAUGCUUGAAGAUGUUUAAAUGUCUGUGGAUUUCUAUUGUUAUGACUGCAGCAGCACCUUUGGGCUGGGACAGUGCAGCAGUACAUUGAAAAGCGUUAGGUUACCAGCUGUGUCCCUCCUAAAACUGAGCCUCAUGCCAGAAAAGUGCAGGUAUGCACUCUCAUUUGCUCUGCUCUGCAAACCUCAGACCCUGCCAGCUCAGCGAAUUCUUUCUGCUGGGCUGCAGCCCAUUCCAUUGUUCCCAGGGUAGGCUCUAAUCCAGGUCAGGAAAAAAACAGUCUUUGGCACAAUGCAUAAAACUCAUCCUGCCAUUAGCUAGAAAAGACCCCCUGCCGACUCCCAUUGUAGCAGGGCUGACUCAAAGCCCACUGAAGUCAAAUGGGUGUCUGAGAUGGAUCUCCAGAGGGCUUGGACUCUCACUAGUCCUGCUCUACUGCGUCCCAGCCCAGGCAACCCCCCAUACAAUCACCCCUGUCACUGAUGUAACCUGCUUGGUGGAGUUCCCAUGCCUUGUUUCGCAGCUGCCAUGUUCUAUCACAAAGGUGGCUGAACUUCACUGAUGUGUGAAGUGAGCUGUAAAUAUGUAGAAAGUUUGUAGGAUGCGUUGGGAUUCUUCAGCACCAUAGCGGUGCCAUGUAUUUUUUACA